AUGGAUAGCCAGCAAGCCGUUAGAUAUCUGGAGAGCCUUAUUGGUCGCCAGCUUCGUAUACAUAUUACCGAUAGCCGCAUGUUUGUUGGCCUCUUCAAGUGCACUGAUUCAGAGCGGAACAUCAUCCUUGCAAACUCUUUUGAAUAUCGCCUACCCACCCAAUCUGUCGUGGAAGCUGCUGCAAAGGAGACCGAGUCGUGGAAUACGGCUCCGGACACCAAGACCACAGUCAAAGUCAACAUGAGUAGUCGACUCAUUGGGCUCAUCGUGAUCCCAGGCCAAUAUAUUACCAAGAUUGAGCUCGAGUAA